AUGGACAAUGAUUGGAGAUUGCUUUCGGUUCAUACACAGACUGGAACCGCAGAAGAGUUUGCUAACGUGAGUUGCUUUGAGAAUCUGCUUGGUUCACCUGCUUUCGUGGAUAUAAGAAAUGGACGGCUCAGAUGCGUGGAGACUGUUCACGAAGUUGUAGCCGGAGAUGAAGAAGCAUACGCUCGUAACAAACGGUGUCGUCUAGGACUCAUCGAUCACGCUCUAUCUCAUGGGAAAUCUCCUCUCACCAUGUUCUCGCAGUGCCUAAUUUCUCGUUCGAAGCUCGUGUGCAAGCUUAUUGGGGAUACUGUGAACAAGAACGAGGAACAUAUCUGGAAAUACGUAAAUGGGAAGAGAUUUCUACACAGAUUAGAGCAAGUGGAAAGAGGAGCUGGAACAAGUGGAAAGACCGAGAAAAUACAAAGUUUUGGAUGCUUAAGUCAAGUUCUGGUUCAGAGUCAGAGCAGGAGAGUGACGAAGAAAACUGCAAAGAACAAAGAGGAUGUCAAUAGAGAUUGGACCAAGUAUGAUCAUUACGGUAGCGCCACUAUGAUCAUGAGGCUCAAGGCUACUAUUCAUUCUUUGGAAGGGCAGAUGAGUUCUGUUAUUGAGAAGAGUGCUAAGUAUGCUCAGAUUGCUGCUGAGGAAGUGCCCAAGACUCUUUACUGCCUUGGUGGGAAGCUCGCGGAGAGAAUCUAUGUUGUGGCUUCUAAGCUCACCGAUAACAGUCUUUACCAUGUCUGUGUGUUUUCUGAUAACAUUGUUGCUACUUCGGUUGUGGUUAACUCCACUGCUCUCAACUCCAAGGCCCCUGAGAAAGUCGUCUUUCAUCUUGUCACUAAUGCGAUGAAGUCAUGGUUUGCUAUGAACAUGGACAACCUCAGAGGAGUCACUGUUGAGGUUCAGAAGUUUGAGGAUUUCAAAUGGCUUAAUGCUUCUUAUGUCCCCGUCCUCAAGCAGCUCCAAGACUCUGAUACGCAAAGCUACUAUUUCUCUGGACACAACGACGAUGGACGCACACCGACCAAGUUCAGAAACCCCAAAUAUUAA